GUGAUAACAUCUACUUCCGGAAACAACAUCAACUUGGAGAGCAAGGAUAUUGAAGCCCUAUGCCUCAAUGAAGCGGUGCUUGUUAUUUCCCAGUGGUUAUGGAAUGACCUGAUGGCACUAGAGGAUGACGAGGAGACAACAAAGGGGUUCAUGCAUGCUGCCUUCCGCCAGUUUGUCCUCUGGCUGCAUCACCGACUUUGGGCUGGGGUUCCCCUGAUCCAUUUGGACCAUACAUGUUGACCUUUAUUCUUCUGUGAAGUCUGGUGAUAGAGAUUUCAUACCUGCAAACAUUGUCACCAGCCAAAAUUUUGUAUAAGCAUAAAGAUUGAUUCAUUUACAAUUACUUUCCUGAAAAAAAA